AUGGGCUACGGACAUGGUUCCAUGAGGGAAGAGGAGAAGAAACCGAAGAGAAAGGUCAAUGCCCGGACCAAUGCCUCUGGCAACGCUUUGUCAGAAAGCUCGGCAGGCAGGAGGGGCACUCAGAACAAGAAUCACGGCUUGCCUGAGCACGAGAUGCAAAGUCUUCCAGAGGACCUGCAAACGUGUGCCAAGCAGCUUGGCUACAUUCCUGAAUGCUUCAACUCACUCUACCCUGAGAAGAUCAUGGCUGGUGCAAUGAAUGGGAGAAGUCUCACUGCGGCCAAAGGUGGGCCACUGAAGGCUUUGGACGCCCAAGGUGCCAGAGCUGCUUUGCUCUUGAAGCAGCGCUUGAAUGCCUGUGAGGCUGCAGCCGCGUUGAGAGAUGGUCCCGUCAGGAAGAUGGGUGCGCACAUUUUUGAGCAGCACCUCACAAGUUUGGCAUUGCUUGAUGUGGAGCUUCCUUUCGGGCUUGGCCUGGCAUUGUGUGAGCGUCAAGUGGACUCUCUCUUCCAGGAGCUGUUUGAGGCAAGCAUACCAAUUGAGUCUGAGAAUGCCAUCAGCGAGUUGCUGGCUCAUUUGCUCCCCUUCAAGGAUGCGCUCGAUUUUGCUGAGACCCCACAGUUUUCUACAAAGGCACCAAAGUACCUUGAGCUGUGGGAAGGUGAGUUGCGCCGUUGCACUGAUGAAGUUUCCAGGGAGACAGCUGCCGAG